AUGGCAACCAUUUUGUUUCUGCAGCAGAAAAAGAAGCAAACCAAUAGCCUACCAGUACCCUUGCCCCAGCAUCUAGUCGACAUAGUGCCUACAAGAGCACCAGUGCCCAGUCGAUUUCACUCGUUUGAAGUAGCCUACCAGUACCCUAUCCACAGGCAUCUAGUUGACAUACUGCCUACAAGAGCACCAUUGCCCAGUCGAUUUCAUUCGUUUGAAGUAGCCUACCAGUACCCUUGCCCCAGGCAUCUAGUCGACAUAGUGCCUACAAGGCCAGUGCUCAGUCGAUUUCAUUCGUUUGAAGUAGCCUACCAGUACCCUUGCCCCAGGCAUCUAGUUGACAUACUGCCUACAAGAGCACCAUUGCCCAGUCGAUUUCAUUCGUUUGAAGUAGCCUACCAGUACCCUUGCCCCAGGCAUCUAGUCGACAUAGUGCCUACAAGGCCAGUGCCCAGUCGAUUUCAUUCGUUUGAAGUAGCCUACCAGUACCCUUGCCCCAGGCAUCUAGUCGACAUAGUUCCUACAAGAGCACCAGUACCCAGUCGAUUUCACUCGUUUGAAGUAGCCUACCAUAGCCUACCAGUACCCUUGCCCCAGCAUCUAGUCGACAUAGUGCCUACAAUACCACCAGUGCCCAGUCGAUUUCACUCGUUUGAAGUAACCUACCAGUACCCUUGCCACAGGCAUCUAGUCGACAUAGUGCCUACAGUACCACCAGUGCCCAGUCGAUUUCACUCGUUUGAAGUAGCCUACCAGUACCCUUGCCACAGGCAUCUAGUCGACAUAGUGCCUACAAGGCCAGUGCCCAGUCGAUUUCACUCGUUUGAAGUAGCCUACCAGUACCCUUGCCCCAGGCAUCUAGUCGACAGAGUGCCUACAAGAGCACCAGUGUCCUGUCGAUUUCACUCGUUUGAAGUAGCCUACCAGUACCCUUGCCCCAGGCAUCUAGUCGACAUUGUGCCUACAAUACCACCAGUGCCCAGUCGAUUUCACUCGUUUGAAGUAGCCUACCAUAACCUACCAGUACCCUUGCCCCAGGCAUCUAGUCGACAUAGUUCCUACAAGGGCACCAUUGUACCCAGUCGAUUUCACUCGUUUGAAGUAGCCUACCAGUACCCUUGCCCCAGGCAUCUAGUCGACAUAGUGCCUACAAGAGCACCAUUGCCCAGUCGAUUUCACUCGUUUGAAGUAGCCUACCAGUACCCUUGCCCCAGGCAUCUAGUCGACAUAGUGCCUACAAGAGCACCAGUGUACCUGUCGAUUUCACUCUCGGUCCAACACAGCCUGAGGGAGAGUAUCCCGGGAAUGCACAUGGGCUCAAACAAGUCAGGUCUUCUAGGCUUAGACAUGGGCUCCGGACGCGCACAUCUGGUCGACAUAGUGCCUACAAGAGCACCAGUGUCCAGUCGAUUUCACUCGUUUGAAGUAGCCUACCAGUACCCUUGCCCCAGGCAUCUAGUCGACAUAGUGUCUACAAGGGCACCAGUGCCCAGUCGAUUUCACUCGUUUGAAGUAGCCUACCAGUACCCUUGCCCCAGGCAUCUAGUCGACAUAGUGUCUACAAGGGCACCAGUGCCUAGUCGAUUUAACUCGUUUGAAGUAGCCUACCAGUACCCUUGCCCCAGGCAUCUAGUCGACAUAGUGUCUACAAGGCCAGUGCCCAGUCGAUUUCACUCGUUUGAAGUAGCCUACCAGUACCCUUGCCCCAGGCGUCUAGUCGACAUAGUGCCUAAAAGAGCACCAUUGCCCAGUCGAUUUCACUCGUUUGAAGUAGCCUACCAGUACCCUUGCCCCAGGCGUCUAGUCGACAUAGUGCCUACAAGGCCAUGGCCCAGUCGAUUUCACUCGUUUGAAGUAGCCUACCAGUACCCUGACCCCAGGCAUCUAGUCGACAUAGUGCCUACAAGAGCACCAGUGCCCAGUCGAUUUCACUCGUUUGAAGUAGCCUACCAGUACCCUGACCCCAGGCAUCUAGUCGACAUAGUGCCUACAAGAGCACCAGUGCCUAGUCGAUUUCACUCGUUUGAAGUAGCCUACCAGUACCCUUGCCCCAGGCAUCUAGUCGACAUUGUGCCUACAAGAGCACCAGUGCCCAGUCGAUUUCACUCGUUUGAAGUAGCCUACCAGUACUCUUGCCCCAGGCAUCUAGUCGACAUUGUGCCUACAAGGCCAGUGCCCAGUCGAUUUCACUCGUUUGAAGUAGCCUACCAGCAUCUAGUCGACAUAGUGCCUACAAGAGCACCAGUGCCCAGUCGAUUUCACUUGUUUGAAGUAGCCUACCAGUACCCUUGCCCCAGGCAUCUAGUCGACAUUGUGCCUACAAGAGCACCAGUGCCCAGUCGAUUUCACUCGUUUGAAGUAGCCUACCAGUACUCCCUUGCCCCAGGCAUCUAG